CCUCCAUCUGUCCCCCUCACCUGCCGCCUUCUUGGCCCAAGUCAUUUUGGCUGGGCAAGUGCUCGGGCCGUCUGGGGCUAUUUUCUUCGUUGGGCAGGCUAGGCCUCCCAGGCCCAAUGGGGCGCAAGGAGGAUGCGGCGCGCAAGGCCAAGGCCAAGGCUAAAGUUGGAGGCAAGGCGGAUAAGCAUGCAGAUUUGCUCGACAAGGUUGAAAAGGAAAAGAUGCUGAAGGACAACAACGUAGUGCGUGCCGCUGUGCUGGAUACGGCGGUGAUCACUGGGGUGUUGACCUCAAGCAAGCAAUCUCUAGACUUGAAGAUUGAGCAGUUCUCGCUAAGCGUCUACGGCAAGGAGUUCAUCAAGGAUACGAAGAUCGAGUUGACAUUCGGACGGCGCAUCGGGCUCAUCGGGCAGAACGGGUCUGGCAAAUCUACGAUGUUGGCGGCCCUCGCUGCCCGGGAAGUGCCGAUCCCCGACAGCAUCGACAUUUGGUAUCUGGACAGCGAAGCCAAACCGCAAGAAGUGUCGGCCAUUCAGGCGGUUGUCGACGUCGUGGCUUCAGAACACGCGCGCCUCGAAGCACUCAGUCUCAAGCUCAUGGAGGAGGACGUGGAGAAGCAUGCUGACAUGCUCGGCGUUAUCCAAGACAAGCUGGACAAGAUGGAGCCCGAGACAUUCGAGCCUCGCGCAUGUGAGCUUCUGCAUGGGCUGGGCUUCACGAGGGCGAUGAUGAACAAGCACACCAAGGACAUGUCCGGAGGCUGGCGCAUGCGCGUUGCCCUGGCCCAGGCCCUCUUCGUGGAGCCCAUGCUCUUGCUGCUGGACGAGCCCACGAACCACCUCGAUCUGGGCGCCUGCGUCUGGCUGGAGGAGUACCUCUCGAAGUACCCGAACACCUUGCUCUUCACUUCGCACUCCGAGGACUUCAUGAAUGGCGUCUGCACUCACAUCAUGCAGCUCACUCAGAAGGGCACGCUCGUGACGUGGAGCGGCAACUACGCCACCUACGUCAAAACCCGGGCCGAACUCGAGAAGAAUCAGCUGACGAAGUACAAGAAGGAGCAGGACGACAUCGCGCACCUGCAAGCCUUCAUCCGGUCAUGCGGUACAUACAAGGACAUGCUGAUCCAGGCGGCGUCGAAGCAGAAGAUCAUCGACAAGAUGGUAGAGGCCGGUCUCACAGAGAAGCCCGAGGUUGACCCAAUCUACCCUUUCGCCUUUCCAGACUCGGAGAAGAUCUCUCCACCGGUGCUGGCUUUUUCCAAUUGUUCCUUCUCCUAUUCGGGGAAGAAAGAGGACCACCUCUACGAGAACUUGGAGUUGGGUGUCGAUCUCGACUCCCGCAUCGCCCUUGUCGGGCCGAAUGGUGCAGGAAAGUCGACCCUCCUCAAGCUCAUGCUCCAGCAAAUAGAGCCCACCGUCGGUGAGGUCAAGAGAAGUGGCAAGCUGAGAAUUGGCCACUACAACCAGCACAGCGAGGAAGUCUUGGACCUUGAACAAACUCCUUUGGGAUUCUUGCAAACUCUCUACCCGAAUGGUAUCGUGACCACGGAGGGAAUGACGAAGAUGGAGACGCCACAGUGGCGAGGCAAGCUGGGAAUGUUUGGAGUAAGCGGCGAUUUCCAGACAAGAAAGAUGAAGACCAUGUCGGACGGCAUGAAGACUCGGGUUGUCAUGCUGCUUAUAUCUCUGGUGAAUCCGCACUGCCUCCUUCUCGACGAGCCGACCAACCAUUUAGAUAUGCAGUGUAUCGAUGCGCUGGCGAUGGCGAUCAACAACUUCUCAGGUGGACUGGUGCUGGUUUCCCACGACUUCCGCCUCAUCGGGCAAGUCGCCAAGGAAAUCUGGGUUUGUGAUAAUAAAACCAUUGCCCCGUGGAAGGGGGACAUCCAGAGUUACAAGACACACCUCAAAAAACAGGUCAUGAAGAAGUUCAAGCAGUAGGCCACAUUUUGAGUGGCAACUAGCGUUAUGAUUUGGUCAGCGACUCACUGGCCAUCUGGCAGCGCCAGGGGCAACGGCCUGCUGGAAGGAUUGACAUAUACCAAUGUUGCCUAUUGUGCAUGUUGCUCAUUGCCCUGCUUCGUGCGGGCAGAAGGGACGGCGCCUAGCACCUCAUCUCUCGUUUCUUCCUUUGGUGCAUCCUGGCGCUGCAAUGAUCUUCCUCAUGGGUCAGGCAAUUGUCCACCAUUAUAGUCUAAGACUAUGCUGCACAAUUUUCUCUUUGCGGUCAUUCCAGAUUCUUCUGCUAGGCGGCCAGCUGGGCGGGCGCGCGACGCUAUGAGACCCGCAUGCUCGCCGUAAUGACAAAAUCGUGAGCAGUACUGAGCCGCAGGAUCGCGCAUUCGUUUCGACCCGUGUGGUCUCCAGGUCUCCUGUGCGGGAGGUCGCCAGGGAGGCCUCCAUCUGUACAUGGCGAUUUGCCAGUGCCUAUUUUCUUGCACCCCUCCUCACCGCCGCUAGGAUCGGGCCCUCGACCCAUCCUGGGGUGUCACCUGACCCGUCCCUCGAGGCGGAUCCAGCCGUGGUUACGAGCAGCCUCCAGAAGGCCCCCCCGAAUAGCGAUACGG